UCCAUUAAUCGGCGGUUUUGAUCCGGCCGCCCAAUAAUGGAUGUGUUGUUCGUACCUGAGAAAGGAGAGGCGUUCGCCAUUGAAGUUGGUUUCUUCGAUACCGUUUUGGAAAUCAAAGAGAAGAUUCAAAAAUAUCACCAUAUCCCCAUCCCCAAACAAACCCUAAUCUUCAAUGGCCACGUCCUCCAAGACGACCGCGACGUCGAAUUCUGCGAAAUCCUCCAGCAUUCUCGCAUUCAACUCCUCGUAGCUUCCGAAUCUCAAAACAAUUCUCAAUCCCAACCCCAAAUCGACCCAAACCAUUCAAUCGGGCGCCUCAAACAGAGGAUCCACGACAUCAACUCUGUGGGCCCCAUCAACGGGAUCAUGCUCCAAUCCAACGCCGCCUCCCCUACCGAGUUACAGGAUCAACGUUCCUUGCGUGACAGCGAGAUGUCGGAGAAUUCCGAGGUUGAGGUUUGUUUGCGGCCGUCGCCUACGGUUUCGACUGCUGCGCCUGGCAUGACAACUGGGUCGUCGAAGAACAAGUUGAAAGUAAUGGUGCAACCGAAAUUUGGGAACUCAAAGAUACCAAUGGAAGUGAACCCAACCGAUAACGUGGGAGAAUUAAAGAAAGAGCUGCAAAAGCUACAGCAGAGACUACAUUUUCAUCUUCCACCCGAAGGUUUCUUUUUCAUUUAUGACCGCGACGUUAUGGAUGAAGACCGGUCCUUCCGUUGGCAUGGUGUGGCCCACGGCGAUACAAUUGAGAUCUUCAAUGGCAGCGUUUCUGGCGGAUCUUAA